AAAUCGGAUUCUGUGCUGGUACACACACACUGACAUUGCUCAUGUUACUCCGUUACCGUUUGAACAAGGACUGGUUGGAAUAGCGUAAGAGCAAUACUGCAGCGUCACGCCCAUUCAUCGGAACGCUCAAGGUCGAGCGGCUGGCUGUUCAACAAAUGCACGGGAACAUCUAUCCUCUAAAACAUCUCCACAGUAACGCGUUCUAAACACGAUGAAGUCAAUUGUGUCCCGAUCGGUGACAAAAAUAUUUCGAGGUUUUGGUGCGUUUUUUGGAAUUUUCGACCACAGUGCGAGGUGAAAAAGUCUUCGCGGUCAGACUUCAUUUUUGACAAUUCACACUAUUUGGAAGCUCGUGAGACUUCUCUAUACUUUAACGUUCUCUGCUGGAUAUUUAAAUAAAAAUAUAUAGGUAUGCAUUACAACAUAUUACUUUCAGUUUGUUUCAGUACUAUAUUUUCUGGCAAAUGGCUCCUACCAAAGCGUUAUAGGAAACUGCUACUUCUCGGCAAUGAGUCAACCAAGCGUGUGGAGAUGUAUUCAGCAAAUUUACAAAAUGGUAGUGAAACACAAACACUUUGAAAUUAGUGUUCCCAAUGCGGCGGAGCAUUACAAUAGCAUAAAGAGGGGUUUUUAUAAAAAAUUCGGAAUAAAAGGCGUCAUAGGUGUUAUUGAAUGCACAUAUGUUGCAAUACUUUCCCCGCAAUCCUUAAUCGCUGCAGUAGUACCCCAUGAGUAUAUGAAUCGCAAGCGAUACUACAGCAUUAAUGUUGAGGCCAUUUGCCACGACGAACUCAUUUUUCAAAAUGUCAAUGCACGAUUCCUAGGAUUAUGUCAUGACUCCGGUAUAUGGACAACCUCGCCGGUGGGAAUCCAACUCAUCAGGGAACACAUUUUGGGAGCAUAUAAAUGGCUUUAAGGCGAUUCAGGUUAUCCUUUGAAGCCAUGGCUACUUACGCAAAUAGCAACACCUACUUCCGCUAGCGAAAAGAUUUUCAAUAAAACACAUAUAAAAGCAAAGAACACAAUUGAGCGUGCCUCUGUAGUCCUGAAAUCACGAUUUCGGUGUCUAUCCAAAGAGCGCGUUCUCAGAUAUACGCACAAAAAUGCUACAGCUAUCAUCUAUACAUGCGCAAUGCGUAUAUGCUGCAAAAACGUGGCAUAUUCACUGAUGAGGCCAUGCUACCAGAAGACCCAUCGAAUGAUGAAAAUAGUGAGCCAUAAAGUCAAGAAUAUUAUUCUGAUGGCAGAAGG